AGCCGGGAGGUCACAUCUGGUCGCCCGCUGCAUCCUGACGAGCUAGACGCCGCUCUACUUCAGUGGCUUCGAGUGGUGCAGGCGCUCCACUUCCCUGACGAGGUAGCUGCUGCCACCGCAGGACGGCCUGGUCCACCACGCAGUUCACUGGUCGAGCUGAACCCAUUCCUCGACGACCAAGGUGUGCUUCGCGUCGGAGGACGCCUCAAGCACGCUCUGCUGCCCUACGACGAAAAGCACCCGGUGAUCGUCCCGCCGGCCUCCUGGAUGACGCGACUGCUAAUCGAGUCCUGCCAUCGUCGGUCUCUGCAUGGCGGCGUCCAAAUGACUCAGCUUACUUCGCCUUCGAUUCUGGGUGCCACGUGGAAGGACCGUCGUCAAGCAGCAGUUGCAUCGGUGCGUCACUUGCUUCGCUAGCGAGCUGCCACUCCACAACCUCCUAUGGGCAAUCUUCCUCGUGACCGAGUGACGCCGACUCGGUCAUUCCUGAGUACUGGCCUGGACUACGCGGGACCCAUUUCUAUCCGGACCAGCAAGAAGCGCGGACACCGCUCACAGAAGGGAUACAUCGCAGUCUUCAUAUGUUUCUGGUCAAAGGCUAUCCACCUCGAGGUUGUCUCGGAUUACAGCUCCGAGGCCUUCAUUGCCGCCUUACGCCGCUUCGUGUCGCGCAGAGGUCUAUGCACGGACAUCUACAGCGACUGUGGUACGACAUUCAUUGGCGCCGAUCGCACGCUGCGUGAGCUCUUCAAGGCGUCGACCUCCGAGGGCCAUCACAUCGCCCGCGUCGCCAGCACUCAAGGGAUCCGCUGGCACUUUAAUCCGCCAGCGGCCCCUCACUUCGGUGGUCUUUGGGAGGCUGCCGUAAAAUUCACGAAAUUUCAUCUCCGUCGAGUAAUCGGCGAAACUACACUUACGUUUGAGGAGCUUAGUACACUCCUCACACAAAUAGAGGCGUGUCUUAAUUCUCGUCCGUUACAGGCUCUGUCAGACGAUCCAGACGACACUUCGGCGCUCACACCAGGCCACUUCAUCAUCGGAGCACCGUUACUCGCGGUACCUGAGCCAUCGCUGACGGGUCAAUCAACCUCCACGCUGUCACGCUGGCGUCACCUGCAGCUGAUGCGAGACCAUUUUUGGCAGCGGUGGUCGGCUGAGUACGUGCACGGUCUCAACCCCCGCACCAAAUGGUUCAAGGCCGAGUCCGUACCUUGCGACCGACCACUGGUCGCGAUCCACUGGAGAUUAUCCCGGAUGAAACUCCGGCAACUACCCCGAACAUCAAGGACAAACCACAGAAGAACGAGGGAACACUCACGAGCGUUCCAGCGAGUCAGAUGACAACUCACCUGAUGGAAAGUCAAGGACCAUCCCAGGAGCCCCAACGGAACGUUGAAGGUGCGAUGGAACCAAGUUGAGCAUCCCAGCGUGAUGACGAUGAGUCAAAAGAACUGUAAAUAUAUAUGUAUAUAAUAUAGCGAUGUAAGUCUAGGUUAGGUUGUGACCGGACAAACCCUACAUACCCCCGCUUUUUUAUGGAAACGUUACGUAUGCAAGGCUUACCCUGCCAGCAGGCUGCAGUGCUUUCGCCUUUGAUCCGGUCGCCACGUUUUAACCUGUAUAAGCACGAAGGUGUUGGUUGUAAUCCUGGCUAUUGGGUUCUCGCCGAAGAAGUCAAUUCCCUUGAGUUGGCCCUUGCUUCGGUGUUCCUCCUUUCCGUUGUAGGCACCUUCCUUCUUUGUUUCAGGGUGCUUUAUUAACAAUCCCUCUCACGGACACUGAUCCACUCAAGCGCCACGUUACAAUGGUUAUGCGCAUCGUUAUCUUGGCUGGCGUCGCCUCACCGUUUCCCGGAACGCAAUUUAUUUUAGAAUUACCACUUAAAAUUAUAAUCACGCUUCCGCACAAUGGCUUCUGAUUACACACGCGACUGACCCAAACGCUUUUGCUAUUUAUCGACCGAUGUGGUUUUUCGGAAACGACAGCGUUAUGACGAGUCUCAUUUGGCCACCGAAUAUUUAAAGUCACGAUGCCGCCUUUAGACGAUUAUAAUAUCACGACUGUCUCUAGCGCUUUUUUAUUAUCGGCCGACGUAGCCUCUCGGUACCCGACAGCGCAUUAGAGCCUCGAGUCAUUUCGCUGCCCGCUUUUAUACUCUGUCACCCCACUCUGGGUGCUUCAGCCAAUUGCGUUUCGGCCCUUCGCGCGCGCCAAUCAGCUUUCGUUCUUUUACGGCCUUUCGUAACGGUCCGCGCCACGCAACCAGCGCGGUCUCUCGUUAUGGUCCGCGCGCUGGAAUUGCUAGGGUCUCUCUACAUGGUCCGCGCCCUAGAUAUUGUUCUUUAUUUUGCUCUUAGCACCAAAUACAAUUAAAUACGUACUAUAUUAUAACUUAACUUUAAAUGAAAAUUAACCGAAAUCAAACGUAAUUCGGACUUUGAUUCUUUGAACUAAACUUAUAUAAUUUUAUACG